AUGCAGGCCCCCCUGGCAUCAAAAGUCGCAAAUCUGGACUUUGAGGCACGCGUCCCCGUUCCCUUCAGUAUCUUCCCUUCGACAUAUCGGGAAUCCGAAUCCCACACACAGACCGUUACCGAAACAAAAACCCACGAAGAGGUUGAGAUCAAACCCCAACAGCCCGAAGCCGGACGGGAAGGUGAAAUAUCUUCUGUCUCCGUCACCGCCGAAAAGGUCCCUCCUCCUCGCUCAGAGUCAGAGUUUAUCGAAGAAGAGGUCCAUAUUACGCGUGAAGAAGAACAUUACCACCGUCCCGGUGUCCAUAAGUACGAGCACGACGAAGAGCACUUUACUGUCCGUGAAGACUCCCGACGACCUCAACCUCCCUCUCAAUACCAACCUUCCCAGUACCACCAACCUUCCCACCACCAACCACCUCCCAAAUUCCAAUCUUCUCACACUCACGUAGAGAUCGACACCCACCGUCAUCCCUACUACUCCACCCCCAUUGAUCUCGCUGAACGUGAAUACCGCCAGCGUUACCGCCCUGCCCAAGCUUUUUCCACAGAAGACCCUUCUUCCCACUCUCAUCCUCACUACAAACCUCAAGACAACUUCAAAGCCAACAACUACACCGUUGAAGGCCGACCCGCUCCCCAAUUCUAUUCAUCUGAGAAGACUGACAUCAACAACUUCACUGUUGACGACCGCUCCUCUCGCCCUCAGUACAACCACACCGAGAAGACCGAAAUCAACAACUUCACUGUUGACAGCCGAUCUUCCCGUCCUCAAUACAACACCUGUGAGAAGACUGACAUCAACAAUUUCACUGUUGACACCCGCUCUUCCCAGCCUCGGUACCGCGACAGCAAGACAACUCAAGUCAACACUUACUCCGUUGACAAGCCCGUUUCUCGUCCAUCUUACAAGAAGGACGUGAGAUUUACCGAAAAAAUCGUCGAAGCUUCAAAGUCCGACAACAAGUCCAAGAUGGGUUACUACGACGACGAGGGUUCUUUCCGCAACGGCGGCAUCCACAAGCUUGGUGACAAGUCUCGUGAGAUCGAGAUUGACGUCCGCGAGACUUCUGGCCCUGCCAGCUCUCCUAACACCGUCAGCAUCCCCUGCCACCACAUCCGCCUGGGUGACUUCCUCAUGCUCCAGGGCCGCCCCUGCCAGGUCAUCCGCAUCUCUACCUCCUCUGCCACUGGCCAGUACCGCUACCUUGGUGUCGACCUCUUCACCAAGCAGCUUCAUGAGGAGUCCUCUUUCAUCUCCAACCCUGCCCCCAGCGUUGUCGUUCAGUCCAUGCUCGGCCCUGUCUUCAAGCAGUACCGUGUCCUCGACAUGCAGGAGGGUCAGAUCGUUGCCAUGACCGAGACUGGCGACGUCAAGCAGGGUCUCCCUGUCAUUGACCAGUCCAACCUCUACUCUCGUCUCCACAACGCUUUCGAGUCUGGCCGUGGCUCUGUUCGCGUCCUCGUCCUCAACGACGGUGGCCGUGAGCUCGCCGUUGACAUGAAGGUCAUCCACGGCUCUCGCCUUUGGCUCUCGCCGUCCGCCAUGUGA